AUGAAUCCUGUUCGCAUCUGUUCAUGGAAUAUAAAUGGAUUGCGCUCCAUUCAACAUCCGUUGAAAAGUAUUUUAGAUUCUCUUACAUCUGAUAUAAUUUGUAUUCAGGAGACUAAAACCACACCUGAUAUAAGUAGAGAAUUUGCAUUUGCGGAUAAUUACAAUGGUUAUUUUAGUCACAGUAUACACAAGACAGGAUAUUCAGGUACUGCGGUUUUCUGUCGCAAUCCUCUUAAACCAACUAAAACAUUCCAUAACUUAAAUGAUAUACUUGUCGAAUCUAUUUCUUGUCAAAAUAAUUCAACUGAUGGAUGGAGUUUCCUUAAAAGAAAACUAAAUAUCUCUCAUACUGAAGCUCGUAACUUGGAUGCGGAAGGAAGAGUAUUGGGUCUUCAGUUUUCUACUGAUAUAUUUACCACCUUUCGAACUCCAAACGAAAUCCGGCCGCUGAUUGUGUUAUCCAUAUAUUUCCCCAGGUUAAAUCCAGAAAACGUUGAACGUUUGAAUUACAAACAUCUUUUCCAGUCUGCUGUACAACUUUGCAUUGAAUCACUUCUAAUAGAAAACAACGUAGUUAUUGCUGGGGACUUUAAUAUUUGUCACAAAAUGAUUGAUCAUUGUGCUCCAGACGAACUUAUAAUGGAUAAGUCUUCAACAUCUUAUCGCCAGUGGUUUGAUCAGUUGUUGAUUGAAGAGCAACAAGACAUAAGUCUUAAUAAUCAAAGCAGUGUUGGUUUAAGAAGAUUCGUGGAUAUCUUCAGGCUACUGCAUCCUCAUCGAAAAAAUGCUUUUACGUGUUGGUCAUCGCGCACGAAUGCUCGUCAAACAAAUUAUGGAGUCAGACUGGAUUAUAUUUUAUUCGACAUCAAACUUGUGGAAAGUAUCACAACUAUAUCAGAUAACAAUAUACAAGCAGACUUGAUGCCACAUAUAAAUGGAUCUGAUCAUUGCCCAAUAUAUGCAGAUCUACCGUAUUUUUACAACUCAGAUUUGAUUUUUUCCUAUUCAUUUCCACCUAAAUGCUCUCAUUACUGGCCUCAAUGUCAGAAAAAGCAAAUGGACUUAGAGAGUUUCGUAAUGUCAAAGAGUCAUUCCAAAGUAACUAAACAAGCCUUUACUUCUCAUGACACAACAACUUCCGUAUCCUGUGUAAGAAAUUCGCAUUCGAAAGAGAAACGUCCCGCCUUCAGGCAAACGAAAAUUACCUUUAGGGAGACCAUACCAAUAGAGACGGCUACAUGUAUACAUGAUCAGUCCCGAAGUAUUGAAAAUACGGCUGAAACUCUCCAAAGAAAAAUUUACGACCCAUCUAAAACAGCUCAGUCAACUGAAGCAUGGCGAAGUCUUUUUUCAGGGCCGAAGAAACCUCCUGUAUGUCUUGGCCACAAAGAACCUUGCGUCAUGAGGACUGUGAAAAAGUUGAAAACAACCAAAGGUAGUCGACUCGGCAGGCGGUUUUGGGUUUGUGCACGCCCACAUGGCGCUUCAGAUAAUCCAGCUGCCCGGUGUAGCACAUUUUUUUGGGAUGACCAAAUACCAAAAAAUAAGUUACUCUAG